AUGUUGACAGUUACUGUGUGGUCUGCGAAUUAUUUGAAGCAGGCCAACUCCGAAGAUGCAUCUGCGUGUCUACCUAAGCCGUUGGUUUUGCGGGAUCACGCUCGAUGUGUGAUCACUGGGAGUGAUGGGCAGAGGGAGUUGAAUACGAAGACCGCGACAAUAUCUGACGAUAGCCAGGAAGUACCCGCUGCUAGUGCAAAUCAUAGCCAACUCCGGGGUGUUUAUAUUAUUCCUCCGAACUUGUUACCCUCCACCAACCCGAAUCAAGAUCGACCAAAAGGCGAGGAAGAAAACUACUUUCAAGAUAUGCGCAGCGCGACCAUAUUGAUGAGGGAAAUGUUCGAGCCAAACAUUCGAGACAUGCUCGACGAGGCCACACUGCGAAGCUCCGACAACAUGCUCACACUGGAUAAAGUGCAACACGAGCUGUUCGCAUCCUCUCUGAUCUAUUUGGAGGCGACAUCUCAUUCAUGCGAGUAUUGUUUAUGGUCACCACUCGAGGAUGGUGUCGGGCGACGGACUGAGAAUGAGACAGUAGUGAACUUACAGCCUCACGAAGGCAUUCCCACGCCGUCUCGUCAAUUUUUGAGCGUGCACCGGAGCGUGACGCGGAUCUUGGCAAUUAGCGGGGCGAAAGGGUAUGUGAAUUGGAAGGGUAGACGGUGGGAGGAGAGGAUCGGUAUCGCGGAAUAG